CAUGAGCACGACCUCCCACAGACGGGGGAACAUAGUCGGUGGCUACUGGAGAGCCUGGGAGCUAUGGGUUUUCGCAUACUUUCCCACACUAGCCCCGGAGCUUGAGGUGGAGGUGCCUCUUAUGAUCCCUUACUCGCUCGUGUUUGAGGGCCAGUAUCCACCGAGAGCUCGGGAGACUCUGCCCUACCUGCGGUAGUUUUUCGACACAGUGCGACUGACAGAGCUUAUGCAUUGGUUAUCCGCAAAUCACAUGGCAGCCCUGGGCGCCCUUGGGUGGAAACACUCGAUUUCAGUAUGUUGGGGGAUGGGCCUCUUCUCGGUACAGGAUCCUGUUUGAGGGGCCAGCUGGCAGGGCCUGGUUCCUGGGGGAACGUUUCAUGCGCCAAACAAUGGGCUACCCUCAUCAGGAUAUCCCCUCAGCACCUCCGAACGAUAUGCAGCUCACUGGGAGGCUCACUCCCCAAGAGGUCGCUAGUGCCAUGUUGGAUACAGACGUAUUGCUACAUUUAGAGGAGGGGGACUAUGCGACCUACCGUCAUACAUAUUUGAUGCCCUCAUUGACAGGUGUUCGUACUCCCACGAGGAGGUCUGCUGGCAUGCCAUCAUCGAGCCGACCCCAGGCUGCAGAUAUCCCUUCAACCAGCAGAGCUAGCACAUCGAGAGGUGGGGCUGGAUUGGUUCCCCCUAUCCCCCCGACUUAUCAUCAUGCCGGAUGGCCAGACAUUCUGACCGAGUUGAUGGGUUGGCGAUACGGGACUUCUUACCCGAUUUCGAUAGAGCCUCCUAUGCCUGAUCACCGAUACGUCAGUGAUCCUGACUCACCACCGCCACCCAGAGAGUACAUGGAGGGGAUGCUGGAUUGGUGGCCUUACUUGAGGGCAUGGUCUUGCGGAGGGAGGCAUAGCUGUCCAUCCUCGGUGUCCCGAUGCCUCCGCUAUAUACUGAGCCAUAGGUCGGGCCAUCUAGGCCUUCCCGGGGAGUUGGGAGAGGGGGUUCGACUCGCGACCGAGGCAGACGCAGAGCACCUGUUGUAGAGGAGGAGUCCAGCGAGGAUGAGGAGCCUGCGCAUCCCCAGUCAGAGACAUUUGCUAACAGAGAGGGUGGCUCUGGUUCCGAUUCUGGUAGUAGAGAUGAGGCCGAGGAGGAUUCCGAGAAUGACAACCCCGAUUCAAAUGAUGAUGAUGGUGCAGAGGCUGUUCCGCAGAAGAGGACGAAGAGGACCUCUUAUUCUUGCAGUUGAUAGCACUGAUGCAG